CAGACACACCGAAAAACAGAGUGAAAAAAAACAGUGUGUGUAUGAGGAAACUAUACUUCCUCUUUCAAGUGUGAAGGUUCUCUCGUCCGUUAAAAGCGUGUGAGGUUCUUGCUGAGACAAACCCUGCUGAUUAUUCGACAACAAGGAUGCACAUUUUGUGUGCCGCGUUGCUUUUGGCCUUUCUGGUCCUCAGCCACUCUUCAUCUGCCCUAAAUAAGCUGUGGGAAGAGUGGAAAAUCAAACAUAGCAAGGUUUAUGAUAAUCAGACUGAGAUCGUUUUUAGGAGAGCAAUAUGGGAGAAGAACAUACUGCUGGUGUUGAGACACAACCAGGAGGCCUCAGCAGGAAAACACAGUUUCACAAUGGGAGUCAAUCAUUUGGCUGACAUGACAGCUGAUGAAAUCAAUGAGAAGAUGAACGGCCUGAAGCUGGAGGAAGCAGUUCAAUUCGGAAAUAGCACUUUUAAGGAAGUGAGUGGCUUAUCGGUGCCUCAGAGUGUGGACUGGAGGAAGUACGGUAUGGUCAGUCCAGUCCAGAACCAGGGGUUAUGUGGGUCCUGCUGGGCCUUCAGCUCUUUGGGAGCUCUUGAGGGCCAGAUGAAGAAGAAAACAGGGGCCCUUGUUCCCCUGAGCCCACAGAACCUGGUGGACUGCAGCACCAACGACGGUAACCUCGGCUGCAGAGGAGGAUACAUCUCUAAAUCCUACAGCUACAUCAUCCGCAACGGAGGCGUCGACUCGGAGAGCUUUUACCCCUACGAACACCAGAAUGGGAAAUGUCGGUAUUCUGUCAUGGGAAAGGCCGGCUACUGUGCGAACUUCCACAUCCUCCCACAAGGAGACGAGAAGGCUCUGCAGGCUGUAGUUGCGUCAGUGGGGCCGGUCGCUGUGGCCGUUAACGCCAUGCUGCCAUCUUUUCAUCUCUACAGAGGAGGUUUAUACAAUGUGCCCAACUGUAACCCAAGGUUCAUAAAUCACGCUGUCCUGGUUGUGGGCUACGGCACAGACCGAGGACAGGACUUCUGGCUUGUGAAAAACAGUUGGGGAACUGCGUGGGGAGAAGAAGGCUUCAUUCGAAUUGCCAGAAACAUGAAGAAUCUCUGUGGCAUUGCCAGCUUUGCGGUCUACCCAACGCUGUGAAAAAAUGGGACCCGUCACCUGAAUCAUCUUGGUAGAAUUUAGGUUAUCUCAUUUAUUUAUUUAAUAUCAGAGACCACAUGUUUGUUAUUUCCAUCUUUAAUAAUGGCACUGCAGACGCUGCCUGUCCUGAAAGUCUGUCCCGAAAAACAACUCUUUCUCACUGAUGUUUUUGGUGUUUUGAAUGAAUUCUUAUAAGAUGUCUGAGUUUCCCUUCAAUAAGCUCCCAUCUCUUAUUCUCUGUCAUUUUGAAAAAAAGAUUGCUUGCUUUGAAUGUUUAAAAUGUCUUUUUAUAUAUCAUGUAGGUACACUGUAUUUUAUAUACGCGAUUCAUUUAUUUAAAUAUUAAUAUUUAAAUAUUGUCUCAACUUUCUGUCUGUAUAAGUGCACACUUGAACUCUUGACAAUAAAGAAAUAUCAA